AGACGCGUUGACCCAUGAAAUCGAGACGGUGGCGCUGCUUCAGCUGGACAGGUUUAACGUCGUGCACCACCCACUGCGCCAAUACAACACAUUGGGCGACGACUGGGUCACCGCACUACACGGGGUAGGGCCGUCAGUCGACAACAGCGUACGAGAGAGUGUCAGCACAAUCACGUGCGCAGACAUCGUCAUCAUUCCUCUGUGCCACAGCGAAGAUGUCCACAGCGACUACAUGAAGAUGCUCAACAAGGAAGCCGACGCACCUCACACCAAGCAACGCAAGGACCUGCCACUGCUCACGCUGUUCUUUGCGUCGUAUACAGACGCCACUACUG